CUCAGCAUCGUCAAAGUCCUCUGACAGACCUUCGUCUGCUUCAGAGUGGAGUGGACGCUGGGAGACUGUUCACCUCACAUCAGCUGUUAGUCUGUGGAUCUGCUGCUCUUUUGGGGUUGUCCUGAACCAAAUGCAAAGACAAAAUAACACAAUUUUGAACUUCACUGCAGUUGUCUCUCUCAAGCAAUGCUGUGUUUAGGAGAUUCUACUGACUGCCUUCGGGACCACAUGCAGUACAUGAUGAGAUCCUUGCAGGACCUGAAGCAGAUAAACAGGCCGAGGCCGCUGAGCGAACCGUGCGUUCGGUCUUUUGCCGUAACGCGGCUCUGCAAACAGAGGGCACAGCAGGAGCGGCUCGCCCGUCUGCGAGUUUCUGACGCCAGUGAAGCCAGCACGUACGACUCUGCCUGCUGCCUGGCCAGCCCCUUGGAGGAGGAGGAAGAGCAGGAGCGGCACGAGCGGCUGGCACAAGGCUCCCCCAGCAGCGAGAAGAGUGUGGACUUUGACUCAGGUUACUCUGAGGCUUCCUGGCAAGAUGAAGGCGUGGUGCUGAGGAGGACCAGAAAUGUGAGGGUCUCCUCUUCUGCCUGUCUCCGCACAAACAGAGGACCUUCUGGUCGUAUCCGGCCUAAAUCAACCUCAGAUGCUUGUCUGGAGAGGUGGACUUCAUUUGAGGCCAGUGGUCCGGAGGACUGGACCACAUCUCUGCUGAGCCGCAGCAGGAACAGACAACCCCUGGUUCUGGGGGACAACAGUUUUGCCGACCUAAUAAAGAACUGGAUGGACCUACCAGAAUGUCCUGAGCCGGCCGAGCUAAAGCCCAGUGCAGGGAGGCGUCUCGCUAAAGACAUUUUGGGGAACAUGCGCCGGAGACUGGCAGGGAAGUCUAAAGGUGUCGAGAUGAGGCAAAGACCCGCAGACCCCUCAAAGGUCAGCAGGGCGGCAGAGGCUUCCAAACGGAUGUCCUGUCCAGUGGGACUCCAGGCCCUCAAACCUUUCUUCCACCAGUCCCACACGGGGCUGCAUCAACUAGACACUGACUUCUACCAGUUCACAGCUCUCAUGAAGACAGGCAGCCGGCAGCCCAUCAUAUGCAACGACAUCAUUGGAUACAUUUGAGUAAGGCUGUACAUGCAGGUUGGACUUUUGCCAAAAUUUCCAUGAGUCUAUUCUAUUUUUGAAUGUUGUUUUUUGUGGAAUAAAAUUGUUUUGUAUUUAA